GCAGUAGCAGCAGCAGCAGCAGAAGCCGCGUCGCCGCCGAGCAGCAGCAAGGAAUCUGGAGUCAGAGUAGGAUUGUAAGAUCGAGCCCAGUGGGAAAAGGAGUGGAGCUGGCCUGGGAAAGGAGCGGAUCCCUCCCAGCACCCUCAGGCCACCCGUUGCCUGCACUCUCCCUGCCAGACCUCCAGCGAGGAGAGACUUGGCUCAGCCAGCCUCAGGUUUCCCCAGCCUCAGGAUGGCGUCCUCCCUGCUUGAGGAGGAUGCUCACUAUGGCUCCAGUCCCUUGGCCAUGUUGACAGCUGCAUGCAGCAAAUUUGGUGGCUCCAGCCCUCUGCGGGACUCAACAACACUGAGCAAAGCAGGCACAAAGAAGCCAUACUCUGAUCUUUCAGCUCCCAAAACCAUGGGGGAUGCCUACCCAGCCCCCUUUUCAAGCACCAACGGGCUCCUCUCACCUGCAGGCAGUCCUCCAGCACCCACCUCUGGCUAUGCCAAUGACUACCCACCUUUUUCUCAUUCAUUCCCUGGGCCCACAGGCACCCAGGACCCUGGGCUACUAAUGCCCAAGGGACACAGCUCUUCUGACUGCCUGCCCAGUGUCUACACCUCUCUGGACAUGGCACACCCAUACGGCUCUUGGUACAAGGCGGGCAUCCAUGCAGGCAUCUCUCCAGGCCCAGGCAACACUCCUGCUCCUUGGUGGGACAUGCACCCUGGGGGCAACUGGCUAGGUGGUGGGCAGGGCCAGGGGGAUGGGCUGCAAGGGACGCUGCCCACAGGCCCUGCUCAGCCUCCACUGAACCCUCAGCUACCUACCUACCCAUCUGACUUUAACCCCCUUAAUCCAGCCCCCUACCCAGCACCCCACCUCCUGCAACCAGGGCCCCAGCACGUCCUGCCCCAAGAUGUCUAUAAGCCCAAGGCUGUUGGCAAUAGUGGGCAGCUAGAAGGGAGUGGUGGAGCCAAACCACCUCGGGGUGCAGGCACUGGGUCCAGCGGUGGAUAUGGGGGCAGUGGGGCAGGGCGCUCCUCCUGUGACUGCCCCAACUGCCAGGAGCUAGAGCGGCUAGGGGCAGCAGCAGCUGGGCUGCGGAAGAAGCCCAUUCACAGCUGCCACAUCCCUGGCUGUGGCAAAGUGUAUGGCAAGGCCUCACACCUGAAGGCGCACUUACGCUGGCACACAGGAGAGAGGCCUUUUGUCUGCAACUGGCUCUUCUGUGGCAAGAGGUUCACCCGAUCAGAUGAGCUGGAGCGCCACGUUCGUACUCACACCAGGGAGAAGAAGUUCACCUGUCUGCUCUGCUCUAAGCGCUUUACCAGAAGUGACCACCUGAGCAAACACCAGCGCACCCAUGGCGAGCCAGGCCCAGGACCCCCUGCUAGUGGCCCCAAGGAGCUAGGGGAGGGCCGUGGCGUGGGAGAAGAGGAGACCAAUCAGACACCCCGACCUUCAGCCUCACCAGCACCCCCAGAGAAAGCCCCUGGAGGCAGCCCGGAGCAGAGCAACCUGCUGGAGAUCUGAGCUGGGUGGAGGGUCUCCAGUGCCAGGGCCGCCUUGCCAGCCUCUCUUGGCUCUAUGGACUAUUGUCCCUCACUCUUUUUUCCAUGCAUGUUGUCUUUUGAGGCUCUACCUUGGCCAUUCUGGACCUGGUUAUCUCCUUGCACGCCUGCUCAGCUCACCUCCUCCCUUUGCCAUGAGCCUGGCUUUCGGCCAAACUCUCAUCUCAGGCCCUCACUUUGUGCGCGAUUCCUGUGCUCUUGGUUCCUAGGUUUUCCUUCACCCCUUGUUCACAGGUUUUCUCUCCUUGGCUUUUGCCAUGCCAACUCACUUUCUUUCCAUUUAGCUUCCCAACACUAUUUCUCCCUCUUACUAAUUCCUUUCUGCUUCACAAGCUUAUUUACUGCUAUCACUCAGCUUCCAGGCUUGUCUUCCCAACUUACUCCACGGCUUUCCAUUCUGCAGAGUUUUUUUCCUUUUCACAAACAAGAUGAUGAUGUUAAUGAUGAUGAUAAUUUAUUGCCCCCUGGUGGCUUCUUCCUUAUAGACCCCAGUUAUAGGAGGCUUGGGGUUAUUGACCUGGCUGGGAGCAGGGUGCCAAGAGUGGGGCAAACCAGUGGGGAUCUGAUCCCAAAGAUGGGGUAACCCCUGGGUCAGGGAGACUGCCCCCAGGCCUAUAUAUUUAACUCCAUGCACCCCGAGUAAUGAAUACUAGUAAUAAUAAUUCUAUUUAUCUAAGUUAUGAUGACGGGUCCGGUAGAAUGAGCUGGGGAGGGAAGGGGAUCCAUUUCUGCUAAGGAAAUUCUAGCCAAAUGUAUUGCUGUAUAGACAAAGUGGUAGUGGAGGUCUUGUUAAUAGAAUUUCUAUCAUCAGGGUCUCAGUGGGGUUUCUCUUUCAAUGGAGUUUCUAACAAAUUGGGUUAAAAGAGUUGAUGUGAGUAUCUCUCGAUUAGGAGAUCCCUAGUAUCCCCAGCCCCAGUCAGAAGCUGUGAAACCUCAAGUCCUAUGGAGGGGAGAAGGACUGGAAUGUAUCCCAGCUCCCUUGACCCCAGAGCAGGUUCUUCCACUGCCCCUUCUCUCAGACACCAUGAUCUCAUCAGGCUAAUUCCCUGUUGUCAUGGUUAGGGAGAGCUUACAGCUGCCAUCUAAAAUGUGCUCUUUGGGGAAGCCCACCUAACAGGAGGACAUUGAUUUGGAGAUGCUCCUCCUGAACAAUGGAGGGGGAAGUCUUUCUCUGGGAUCAGAUUAAAAUAAAUCAAGUAUUUAUUGAGUGCCUAUCCUGUGCAAGGCACUGUGCUAGGCCUGGUGCCUAGAAACCAUGAGAAAGAAUUUAUAGAGCUUAGGAGGAAAGAGGUCCCCAAACUGAUUUGGGGGUGCAUUUGCAAGCUCCCAACCUGGGACUUCCAACUCCACCUCCAGUGACUUUUAAAGCCGCUUAGUGCCUUUGAAUACCUUUUCUGAGACUGGAUCCUCCUUUUCUGUGCCCUGCUCCCACAAGUCCCCAGGUUAAAGGGUAAAGCUGCUGGAAUUUGGGGAGAGGGUAACAUUGUGGAAGGCAAAGAAUCAUCCCCUUGUG